AUGGCGACCGCCACCGCAACCUCUUCCUCCUCGCUGACCACUCCUCUCCUCCGCCCGAACCCCAAUACCAACCCCGCUCCCAGAUCUCUCCAACUCCUCAGGAGCAGGAGGUGCGCUCGUGCCGUGACUGCCGCUGUAGCCGGAGGCGCGGUGCCUUACGGGGCUGCUCCGCGGCGCGGGAUUUGGUCGAUCAGGGAUGACUUGGUGGUGCCGAGAUCGCCCUACUUCCCAGUGGAGUCCGCAGCGGGGCAGGAGCGUGGGCCAUCACCCAUGGUGAUGGAGCGGUUCCAGAGCGUCGCCAGUCAGCUUUUCCAGCACAGGAUUAUCCGUUGCGGUGGCCCUGUUGAGGAUGAUAUGGCCAACAUCAUUGUAGCACAGCUGCUUUACCUCGACGCUAUUGAUACCACUAAGGAUAUAAUUAUGUAUGUGAAUUCACCAGGAGGGUCAGUGACAGCUGGAAUGGCUAUAUUUGAUACAAUGAAGCACAUCAGGCCUGAUGUAUCCACUGUUUGUAUCGGACUAGCUGCAAGUAUGGGAGCUUUUCUACUUAGUGCUGGGACCAAAGGAAAGCGAUACAGCUUACCAAACUCGAGGAUAAUGAUCCAUCAACCUCUUGGAGGGGCCCAAGGACAGGAGACUGAUCUUGAGAUUCAGGCUAAUGAGAUGCUGCACCACAAGGCUAACUUAAAUGGAUACCUUGCAUACCACACUGGGCAGCCCCUGGAUAAGAUCAAUGUAGAUACUGACCGUGACUACUUUAUGAGCGCGAAAGAAGCAAAGGAGUAUGGCCUUAUUGAUGGAGUAAUCAUGAAUCCCCUCAAGGCCCUUCAACCACUUCCAGCUUCCAGUUAG